AGUAGCGUUAAUUAAUCAGUGGCAGGAUUACAACUCGUAAUCGUUAUCGAUGCUGUUAUUAAUCCAAUGUCGAGUAGUCGAUAUUGAAAAUAUCAACGCCUACAUUACAUCGUUUCAUUCAUCUGCCGUACUUAUAUAUCGAUGGUUAUCUCGUUUUUAUUACUUUCAUAUAAAACUGCAUUCUCCAACUUUACGUCAUCUUUAUAUAGUUCUCAUGUUCCAUUUUAAAAUGUCAACGUUCGAACUCAACACCCUGACUCUAUUAAUUUUAUCGCGUUCACAUUAUGUUUACUGCCCUUUUUGUAGUUUCAUUUCAUCUGUAUUUAUCGGUUACAUAGGAUGAUUCGAUCUAAUCGAUCCAUACAAAUAUCUCGUAAACUAUAGGUUAUUCGGAAAUAUGAGUCAAAUGAGACUUUGUUUCUACUUUGCUACUUUGUUUGUGUUGAACUUUUCUUCUUUUUUUAUACAUCACUCGACACAUUUUUUAUUCUCCUACGAAAAGGUAUUAAGGUACUUGGGUCAGAGAAUGAUUAACUGAAAAGGAAACUUAGCUUAAAUCUUGUCAAUUUAUCGUAUGAAAGACAAGGAAAGAUAACUUUCAUAUUUAUGUUUCCAUUGUCUUUCAUGCACACAGUUUGACGAAAUUAACACUGAAAUCUUUUAAACUAGGCAUUUUCAGAUACAAAUGUCUUAAUACCUUUUUGUAAACAAUCCAAAGCUACAUCGAACGAUGUAUAGAAAAAAUGCGUAGUUCCAUUUAAGAAAACAGAGAUCACCUUGAGAUAUGCAGAAAUUUACAGACAUCUGUCUUCUGUGUCAUUCUGGUAAUCACCAGAAAACGUUCCCCUCGAAACAACAAGUUUUGUUUGAAAUGUUCGGUAUAUAGGAAAUAAGUAUAUAAGAAAUAUUCGCUUGGAUCAAUUAAAAUAAUACAACCUGUACAAUUCUUCGUCCUUUAUAACAUAUCUUCUUACUCAAAAGUCAUAUAAAUUACACAAUCAAGAAUAACUAAUUAAUAUAGUCUUCCUCUCUUCAGAUUCUAUUACACAAAGGGAUAAUAAAAUUCAAAUUCUUUUUUCAACUUCUCAACACUGGUGCAAUAAAAAUAUGGAUCGCUUGUAAUUUUUAUUUAUAGUACCUCGUAGGAUUACCACGUGUCUGUCCUAUAUCCGAUAUCAAAAUCUUGGCGGUUUUUUAUGUAACAUUUAUGAUAUUUUUUUCAAAUCACGGUUGUGUUUCAUGCUCGAUGGGAACCAACAGUGUGUCACAGCUGUCCAAAUAUUCCCAGAGUUUACGCGUAAAUACGGUAUUUUAUUUCUAGAAUACUUUUUUAUUUUUUAUUUCUCGAUAUAAUUCUGGCGCGCUCAUCUGAGCCAGAUAUGGGCGUACUGUUCUCGCUAUUUUUUUUUUUUUCUCUCUCUUUGAGACGCCAAAGAGACAUUCAUCUCACACCCCAUUAAGUGCUAAAAAGGCUCUCAGAUCAAGUACAUUCUUCAACUAGAUUUUCUCCUCUUUCGAGGUGCAUGGACUUAGAACUCCGUACACGUCAGACAGGAAGAAAGGUAGGAGGAAAGGAAUUAAUUUGUUGCCAAGGAGGUAUUUGUAGCAUAUUUUUUAUCGCCUACUCUACUAGAUUUUCAUGGAACAAGUUCGAGAUCGUUCAAGUUCGAUCGCCUCGCCAAACUAGGAACAGCCGGUUUUGCGGUCGUCACGUUCGUUUCAACCGGUGGCCUUCAGGGAUCGAUGUUCCGUCGAUUAUUGAAAAAAGCAAUAAUGGCUAUUGUCGUUCAGCGAAAACGCUCUUUUUGCUAUACCGGUCGCGGUUGAUUAGUUAAUUACUUAAUGAAAGAGCAUUGCAUAUAGCGUGCAGAUCACGUUCUUCGCGAAAUUGUUAGAGUAACUUUUACUUGUUAUAGCAACUCGCGUGAGAAGAUCACAUUGGUCAAUUUCGCGAACCGAACCAAUUUUAUCGCGGUUACGUAUCGCCAAAAAUGUUAGGUGCUCGUUAAAAUGCCUGCACCUCGACAUAAGGUCAUGUAACCGUGAAAUUCGUUUGCUCGUGAAUGACAUUUUUUUACAUUUUCUCACAAUUUCGGAGAGGCGUCACCGUUCCAUCCGGGAACAGAGAAAAUUUGCGGCUAAAAUUUUCGUACGGGCGAAUAAAUCGAAUUUACAGUAACUGGAUGAGACUAAUUACACUCGAUGCAAAGAUUCGCGAAGUGUUAUCCAUAUUGAUCAUCGAUCCUUCCUUUUAAAAAUUUUUAUCGACGUCUUUCGCGACAUAUUCGACAGGGCGAUUCAUCUUCGUUCACGAUAUUGACAAGCUUACUUGAAAGCAUAUUCCUUACAAAACAAGAAAGAAGCGUUGGAAAUUUAAAUAGCGAGCAAUUUGCUUAAUCCAAAACCGACUGGAAUUCGAACGGGCGAAGAUCGAACCUGGAAUUUCAAGAAACUCGAAGAUGUGAUAAUGGGAAUGUUAAAAUGAAAGGCGCGGGCAGGUUAAAAUUUUAAUGAAAUAGAGGAGGACGUAUUCAUAAAAGUAAUAGAACGAGGAUGUCGAGCAGAAGACGCGACAGACUUGAGGAUAAAAUUGCACGGUGUCUGCGCCAUUAUAUAGCAGCAUCGUAGUACGAAAGUUAAAACGAUGAAAAUAAAGAAAACGAAGAGAGAAGUUUGUGUAGCAAAAAGUUUUUCCAUUUAUAUAUUUUCUUAAUCCGUUGCGGUCACGCAAACUGGUUUCCGAUAUUCCUAAAAACUUGCAAUCACGUUACGCAUAUCGAAUUAAAUGGAAGUUUAACCUGCAUGUGAUUUCAAUUCGUAUCAAUCGUAUUCGUAUAGGCGAAAAGUUAUUACGUGGAACGUAUUUCUCGUCCAACUUAGUUGAUCACGGGCGACCCGAUAUUAGCCUUUUAGAUGUAUGCAUAACGAUGGUUUGUCACAUUUAAAUUGAUCGCGUCGAGCCACGCGUCAUAUUCAGCCCUACGAUAUUUCGAUCAUCCAUUUACUCAAUAGGUGCAAAUUCCACAGGGACGUUUCUAGUAAAAUAAAUAGCAAACGAUGAAAUUGUAAACGGGCCAGCUGCAGGACAAAUUCCAUCGAGGCCAUGGACCGUAUCACAAAAUGAUGGAAAAACGAUAGAUAUCCGAAGAAUCAUCCGACAAUAUUUAGACAACGUUAGGGAAAAUUUUCACGGUGUUUAUCAGAGGUUCGUCCGUGGUAGAUGCAUCUCAUGAUCCAUUCGGUAAGAGAAUUUCCUGUGGGGCCGUGUUGCUCCGCCGCUGUUAACUUCGCCUCUGGGGAACGAAUUUCUGUAUGAUGUGCCACGUAUGCGUCCAAUUUAAACAGCUACCGGUUACACAUCUGUACGGUGCGCGUCGUUGCCUUUCUUACACGUCAGCCGACGAAGGUGCUUGCGCAAUAUCUAACGUUUAAUAACGAAUUAAAUUCCGCAAACGAACGCUGUCGUCUUACCCUUGGGGCUAUUUUAGAAAAACAUCGAAUAUCGAUGAAAGCAGCGGGUGAAGACGCAUUCGAUCCGAUCUUUCAUUAUCAUCCGCGAUGGCGUGAAACGACAGAAAAAAUAGUGGGAGCUGAAUAAAAUCACCAUGGUAAUAUAUUCGCCAGAGAUUUGUUCUGAAACGUGGCUGCAUGUAAUAUAAUAUUCGAUACAAUAGAGUUAAACUGCUGUGAGUUCGAUUCGUUCGUUCGUAUUCGAGUCGAACAAUACGUCUUCAUCGAAGAUUAAAUUUGCUAGUGACGGGUAUGCAUGUAACGUUAUGAAAAUAGUAGGACGGCGAGCAGAACAGCCAUCGCAAUUUGUCGAUUUAACUUUGAAAUUGAUUGACAAAAAUUACAAGUAAUCGCGAAUACCGUGCAGUCGUGUCGAUUUUUUAAAAAAUUGGACGAUUACUCGGACCCCGUUCUCGGGUGAAAUAGCAAAUUAAAAGAAAGAGAUGCUUUUACUUUGUCACGGUUGCACAAGUGUUUCCAUUUUCCUUUACAACGACCCAUUGCAAGAUGCUAGUAAUUACAAACGAAGGUAUUGUGCCGUAGAAUGAAGGAAGAAAGCAAUUAAGUUAAUACAGUAAAUCCGAUGAUUAAACGAAUGCGCCAUCACUUACAUGGUAGUAGUUAGUAGCUGGUCUAAAUGACUCAUUACACGUAGUAAUAAUUUUCUAAGGCUCAUUUCGCGUGUCGUAGAAAGCCUGGGAGGUGUAGAACUUAAUACGUUCAAUCUUCUGUACUUAAUGUCAAGCUCAAGACAAGCGGAGCACGGACAAUCCGAUUUCGUCGUACUUUACUUUUUAUUCUUCUCGGCUCCAUUAAAAGGUAAUUUUGAACCAAAUAGUAUAGUUGGUCAUUGGCGGUGUGGAUCGAUCGAAACGUGAAACGUUUCUAAUAAAGUAUUCAGAGAAAUAAUCGAAUCGAAAGUUCUAAGGUUGCCAGAAGUCUCGUAACUGACAUAAGUCACUGGUUCAUAUCAGGAAUGAGCAGGUCACUUGGUUUUACUCUCGGAUCGAGUCAUCAAGGAAGCAAAGCAAUUACGAAAUAGCUUCGUCUCUUUCCGAAACACGUUCCUCGAGGAAAUGUACAUGCGGAUGCCAAUGCAAUGCAUGUAACACGUGCACGUUACACGACGACACAUGUCACAGCAAUGCGUCUCUACAAAUUACGAUUCUUACACGGACAGGUUAAACAAACAAUACUGUUUGUUGAAUCGAAAGUCAAGCCAAAUUGAUAACGUUUCAAAAAGUAAAAUAUAUGUGCAUAUCGAGAAUAAACUUAUCGUCGAAUGUGAGCUUGGCGAAUUCUCUUACGUCUCGAUCUCUUAAAUAACCAUUUCUGCUCGUUUUUAUGCCGACGUCCAAGCAUCACGCGCGCGCGUGGAUGUAUGAAUCCUCCGAAAUUCUACAUGCAUAUUUUGUAGUCGUAUAAUUCGCGUCACUCGCGCAUACUCUACACCAGCGGUUGUUAACGUUCUUUUGUCUACCACGGACCUCCUUUGAAUAAUAUUUUUUUGUCACGGACCCUCAGGACUUGACACGAAAUUAAAAUCCGUAAUGUGCCAAAUACGUAUGUUUAAAACUGUUCAACGAUAUCUUCAACCACGGAGGUUGAAACUGCAUUAACAAAUGAAGAAAAUGCUCAUCGACAAUCUUUAAAUUGAGAUUAAAAGAGAAGAGAUUUACCAAAAAUAAAUAAAUUAAUAAAUACACGUACUAAAUAUUUCUUAUUCAAAUAAUAUAGUAAUAACUUGCGUGCGUAAGGACUUUGUGACUCCCCGGAGGACCGUUAACCGGCAAGAACCGCUGCUCCUUAUCAUUUGAAAGUAACGCUUAAGGCUGAGAAGAUUCGUCCACAGGUGUAAACGAAUCGUGUAAGAAUGGAUAAAGGAAUGUAUCGUUAAUCCGGUAAGCGAAUACAAGUGUACCGAAUUUAAUACAUAUACAUGCAUGCGCACAGUUGCACCGCAAACAUAUACGAUGGUCAGUGACACUUUGUGUAACAUCAAAGGGAACUCGGAAUGCGAGUUAAUUUUGUAGCAGGGGAGGCCGGAAUGAGGGUUAAGAGAAAUAGACGAGAAGGAAGAGAGGGCGAGACGAGUAGAAUGAGCGAGCGAGCGAGAGAAACGAGAGACGGUACCGAAAAAGGGAACUGCCAUCCAUAUUCAAAACGAGGGCUUACACCCUGCGGUCUGCCGAGUUAGCCGGUUUGUCUAAAAAAAGAAGCAUGCUUAUUUCUCAACGGUACCGAUGGUAUGCUCACUCCUGCGAUUUGCUUUCCAUGUUACUCUCUCUUUCAAAACCGGUUACUCCUCUAUAUAUUUCCAAACUUGGAAAAUGUAUUUCUAGACGAUACGUUCUUCUUCGCCUAAGACGAGUAUGGUUAAUUUGUCAGACACGCGGUAAAAGAAGUUUUCUUUAAAUAAAUAAAUAUUUUCAAACAUACACAUCACAAGCUAUAUCGAAGAAAAGCAGUCGUUACGCGAUACACUACAUGUCUGUAUGUCGCUGGAAACUCGGCAUAAGUAAGGAAGGAAAGAAAGAGAAGCAGGGGAAGAUGGGUGAAAAAUGAGAAAAAGGUAGAACACUUUUUGCAUCUGCCUUUGGUCCUGUGCCUGACAGAGUUCAUGCAGGAAUGAUCUAACACCUGCGUUAAAUAGCAACAUUUUUCAUGCAUCUCUGAGAUACGUCGUGACCUACGACUGAAUUUUUAUGGCAACGACUUUCGCGGGAUUAAACGCGUUUCCACGUCAGCCGGAAUAAAAUUUGUCAGCGCGCAAAGUUAACGAAGCACGUAGGAAGAUCUUAUUAGGAUACUAAUCGGACCGCGCACGUCACACAGAACAGGAGUUUCUUGAGCGUAUGGAUCUUGAUCGCAUAUUCGGUCGCGCGUACGUGAGAUUCCUAUUGUUCGGGAGAGAAAUUUCCUACAGUUGAAAAGCGGAUUCAGAUUUACGCGAAAACGUUUCUGAGUUAUCGCGAAUUCCUAGAGUGCCUAAAUCGUUCGUUUGCUUCGAGAUUAACCGAGUAACAUCGAUACACGAUGUCUGUACGGAAAAAUGAAUUACGAGAGAAUUGUCUUACAAGCUGUGGUAAGUUAUUUAGACGCCGUAUAAAAACAUUAUUGAGUCGUUCUGCCGUUUAAUUCUCUCUGGGAUUGCGAACACUGCACUUGAACGCACUUCCUCCGCAGGAAAAGGUAUAUCCUCCACAGGAAAAAGCUGCUAUCUAACAUUGGUUUAUUUCUCAAGACUGCGACCGUUUCUCGUAGUUAGCUUCGUUGCAUGAGAUUUCUGUGUGACUAAGAAACUGAUUACUAGCCAGUCGUACAGCAAACAAACGCAUCGAUAAGAGACAUAUUGAUCAAAACGUGCAAAGAAGGUGAUUUGUCAUUCUAUUCGACGUAUGGACUCUUCCCGGACAAAUAGGAACGGUCCAUCGAAAGAAAUUGUUCGAACCUGUAUCGACCUCUAAAGUGGGAACGGGCAAGUAAAAGAUUCCUCGACGUCAUCGUCCACAGCGAUCAAAGGGACUUUCGGUCGACCAAACCAAUACGAAUCGUAAAGCCAAGUCCAUUCAUCUUCGUAUACGAAGCGAUCGAUAUUACAUUGGACAUUUCUCGUCGUUACCGCGCUGAUACGAUAUCUCGUUUCAUAAUUCACGUGAAUUCGUUCUUAUCGACGCCUGAUUUCUGAUACCGAAUACCGACGUUUACUCGAGCCAAGCUUCACAGAGAGCGCGCCGAUGUUAUCCAGCAGCAAUUGCGGGUUUUCGUCGUUUUCCAGCGUACACUCGCCCGAUAACCGUUGUAAUUGCUUUUCACCUUUCGUCGGUUUAUCCAUCGCGUCUCGUCGUCUUAACUCGAUGCGAUUCGAUACAACUUUGACUCGCUACUAGGUAACGAGGAUUAAGCAUAGUUUCGUAUAUAGGGCUAAAAGGUUUUAGUAACAAAGUUUCCCGUUCUAUUAAGGUACACGACGAAGCACGUCGAAGCAUUCUGUUGCACGUCAAAAAAUUAGGAAACGCGAAGUUAGUUUCUCCAGUAAACAGAUUUUCGUUUGAACGAACAAAGUUACGUCGUUCCAGCACAAGUAGCAAGUUUUAGCUUUGUUAAUGAAUUAAAAUUGCUAUUCCAGAUGUCAACUUUCCCGAUAACUGUAUACAUAAUCCGCAAUGAAAGAAGAAGGAAUGCCGGAUCGAGAUACGACGACCGAUCGUCAUAAUUGAAUGGAAAAACGAGACACGCGUAUAAUUGGUUAACUAAUUGUCUCGUAACAAUUACGCAUAUUUUUGGAUGCUACUGCUUGAAGAAUAUGCUUCUAAACGCGUAAUUGAGAAAGCAACGUUUCGUUUUUUAUCAACGACCAUUAUCAGUGACAAAAGAGAAGGUGAAAAGUAAGCUUUUGAUCUUUCUCUCCAGAUACUUGGCUAAUACAACGCAUUCCUAUUUUAUUUCUGUUACAGUGGCUGUAGAUCAGAGUGGCAGGUAUAUUUACAUAUGAUCCGUCUCCAGGUAUAGAUAGCUGUCUUCGUUCUAUUCACCAGAAAGAUAUUUAUAUCCUCUGAUUCACACUCCCAUUAUUUGCUGGAAUAUAUUCGAGGAUAUUAUAGAAACGUAGAAUAUAUAAUGUGAAGAUUUUUCGCGCCCGAGCGAAUGUUUCACCGUAGCCUUACAAAUUUAUAUAACGCUAUUCAAUUUUGAUAAUAAGAAAAAUUACUUGAUCCGUAAAACCGCAAGAUCUUUAUACACAGAGAUCCUAAUUCUGAUUAACCGUGGCCCGAAUCCGAACGCAAAAAUCCAUGAAAUUAAAUAAGAAGCUUAUUCGAUUUCAAAUAAUUUCGAAUAUUAAUUUUCCAAAAAAAAACCAACUUGUAUGUUUUCUCGCUUUCCAAUUAGAAUUAUACAAAUAUUCAGACUUUAACCAAUCGUUAUUCACGCGCAGAUUCUACAUACAUUUCGAAAAGUGUUUCCAUUCAAACGUAUUUCACGAUUUCAGUUGCCCCGUCUCGAAGUAGAAUCACACCAUUCCUACUCUGACGCAAAUGCAUUUACGUAUUCAGCGAUGUGAUAACAGUAGCAACGAAAUGGAAUAUUUCUUGGGCGUAAUGCGAUACCAGCGGAAUCGCUGCUUUCAUUUCAUUUCGUGACAAUUUAUUGCACGAAAUAGUUGCUGUGCAAUUCGAAAGGCAGGUACCGUUUUUACUAACCGAGUAAAAGCGAAGACAGAGCGGCAAGCUGUGUCACGGCGGCACAUGCGCGCAGGAGAAAAGGACGGUAUCGAGCCAGGCUAGUGGCUUGCCCGUCAACAGACGGUGUCGCACCGUCAGUUUCUUCCGCCGCGCCUGAAAGGCGUUCAGUGUCGAGUCGAAGAAACGCGCGCUUCUUCUGUAAAGUUCGUUCGUUUUUUUUUUUAUUUUUUCGUGAGUAGAGAAGUCGAGUGCGUGGGCACUCGAGUGUGCAGACCGGCGCAAGACGAGAAUCGUGAUAGAAUGUAAUCGAAUCGCCAUGGGACUGUUGCCAUCAGUCAGCCGGUAAUUUCGCACACGGUGUAGCAGGAAACUAAGAUGUGCAAGCCAGCCAGGAAGAAACGUUCUUAACGUCAUUUUGCGGUGUCGCGAUGCUCGAUUUGUCCGCAAAGAUGAUUCCCUAUCCAAUGAGAUUUCGCCAUUAGAAAGCCAACUAACGUUGGAUGUUUCACGUUGAACGGAGCUUCCCGUAACCAGAUCAACGUUUAAUUGGAUUUUGAUGCAGGAAUUGGACGAAACCUGACGUGUGUGCGACUUGACACGGUCAAAUUGGUGCAAAAAAGAUGACGAAAAGGUUCGAGUUCAAUUGGCAGAUCGAGGUACCGCUAGCGCUUCGUCAGGGAUGCGUGUUCGAUCGGUGGUCAGAGGAAAAGGACAACACGGAGCUCGAAUUAAACUGCAUGUUUAAGGUCGAUGAAUAUGGGUUUUUUAUCUAUUGGCAAAGCGAAGGAAAGGACGGAGAUGUGAUAGAAUUGUGCCAAGUGAGCGAUAUACGCGCCGGUGGAUUACCAAAGGAUCCAAAAUUGUACGACAAGCUUCUCACGAAACACGGAGAGCAGUUAGAGGAGAAAUGUUUAACCAUCUGUUCAGGCGUAGAUUAUACCAAUAUUAAUUACCAACAUGUCGUCUGUCCGGAUCCAGCGACGGCUAAGAUAUGGCUGGAUGGCGUACGAUCGAUUACGCACAACGUGAAAGCCAACAACGUUUGCCCGCUUACGUGCUUGAAGAAACACUGGAUGCGGCUUAGAAUGUUGAUCGAUCCAAAUGGAAAAGUUCCGGUGAAAGUGGUCGCAAGAACUUUCGCAUCCGGAAAAACGGAAAAGCUUGUUUAUCAGUGCCUCGCCGAUUUAGGCCUAUCUAGCGGGAAGAACGAUGUCAUCGAGCCAGAGGAUUUCACUUUCGACGCAUUCUAUGCGCUCUACCACAAAAUUUGCCCGAGGAAUGACAUAGAGGAAUUGUUUCAAUCCAUCACCCAGGGCAAAGCGGACACAAUCAAUUUGGAACAACUGGUCACGUUUCUAAACGAGAAGCAACGGGAUCCAACUUUGAACGAGAUCUUAUAUCCGCUGUACGACGAGAAGAGGGCGUCAGAGAUUAUAAACGAUUACGAACAAAACGAAAUAGCGCGAAAUCAAAAAACGAUGACGAAAGAUGGUUUUAUAAGGUAUCUGAUGUCCGAUGAGAACGCGCCUGUUUUCUUGGACAGGCUGGACGUCUACAUGGAUAUGGACCAACCAUUGGCCCAUUACUACAUUAACUCGAGUCACAAUACGUAUCUGAGUGGUCGACAAUUUGGUGGCAAAAGCAGCGUUGAGAUGUACAGACAAGUGUUGUUAGCUGGUUGUAGGUGCGUCGAAUUGGAUUGUUGGGAUGGCAAAGGAGAGGACGAGGAACCGAUAAUUACACACGGCAAAGCUAUGUGCACGGACAUUCUCUUCAGAGAUGUUAUUUACGCAGUUCGGGACACUGCGUUCGUCACGUCGGAAUAUCCGGUCAUUCUUAGCUUCGAAAACCACUGCAGCAAGAAGCAACAAUACAAACUGGCGAAGUACUGCGACGAAAUUCUAGGAGACCUGCUUCUCAAGGAGCCUCUCAAAGAAUUUCCCCUAGAACCAGGGAUGCCCCUACCACCGCCCAGCAUGCUCAAACGUAAAAUUCUUAUAAAGAAUAAACGUUUGAAACCCGAGGUGGAGAAGCACGAGUUGGAAUUAUUUCGGCAAGGUCAAUUUGUCAUCGAGGACGAGGUCAAAGAAGAUGCGAGCGCGCCGCCGUCUGUGGCAGCGGUCGUCGAGCAACAAUCGGUAAAGGAAGAGGUCUCGACAGCUGAGUCCGUGGCGUCGUCGACGACUGGUAAUCAACAACAAUCUAGUUCUAGCACAGGUUUGGGCGACACGCUGGAAUUAGCGGUGGUUCAGCCGUAUACCGGAAGUACAACAAAUGUUCACCCAUGGUUAUCCUCUAUGGUCAACUAUGCUCAACCUAUAAAAUUCCCGGGCUUCGAUAUUGCCGAACGUAAGGCAAAGCUUUCCCUCAGUAACGCGCUUAAAAGAGAGAAAAGAUUGAUGUACGUGCCCUCUUGUACAGAAAAGAAUAUUCAUCACAAUAUGUCUUCCUUCGCGGAAACCGCUGGCCUGAAUUACUUGAAGACGCAAGCCAUCGAGUUCGUCAAUUAUAACAAGCGUCAAAUGAGCCGCAUUUAUCCGAAAGGCACUCGAGCGGAUUCAUCGAAUUAUAUGCCACAGGUCUUCUGGAACGCUGGCUGUCAAAUGGUGUCGUUAAAUUUCCAAACCGCGGACUUGCCGAUGCAGUUGAAUCAGGGAAAAUUCGAGUAUAACGGUUCCUCUGGUUAUCUACUGAAACCGGAUUUCAUGAGACGAGCCGAUAGAAGUUUCGAUCCUUUCGCGGAGAGCCCCGUAGAUGGUGUAAUAGCUACACAAUGUAGCGUCCAGGUAAUCGCGGGUCAAUUUUUAUCCGAUAAGAAGGUCGGAACGUACGUGGAGGUAGAAAUGUACGGUCUACCGACAGAUACAAUUCGUAAAGAAUUCCGGACAAGAGUAGUUCCAGCGAAUGGCCUGAAUCCCGUGUACAAUGAAGAACCUUUUCUCUUUCGAAAAGUCGUCCUUCCCGAUUUAGCAGCCUUGCGAUUCGCGGUUUACGACGAAUCCAACGGCAAGCUGCUAGGUCAAAGGAUCGUCCCAUUAGACGGUCUACAAUCAGGAUAUCGACAUAUAUCUCUACGAACCGAGGCAAACUUUCCCAUGUCCUUGCCAAUGCUGUUCUGUAAUAUCGAGAUCAAGAUUUACGUACCGGAUGGCUACGAAGGAUUUAUGGACGCGCUCACGGCACCGCGGGCCUACAAGAAACCUGAAAAUGCAUCGCAAAAUAAAAUGCGUGGCCUUGGAAUAGAAGAGAGCGACAGUAAAGGACAUUCUGAUUCCAUGCCUGCUCAUCACCGCGAAGUACCUAAACCGCGAGAGGAAAUGAAAUUCAACCCCAUAACGGUGGAAUUGUUGCGACAAGAAAAGGGAUACCAAAAAGUACUGAGGAAACAGCAAAAGGAAUUGGAAUCCCUGAAGAAGAGGCACCAGAAAGAGAAACUCGCCGUCCAGAAGCAACACUGUGCCGCGAUAGAGAAGAUCAUCAAAGGAAAAAACAAAGCGGAACUUUCGAGAGACCCGACCGUUCGUCGCGAGGUUUCCGAACAAACUGUUCAAUGGUCUCGAUUGGCGGAUAGGCAACGACGCGAGGAACGUGACCUGGUACGUUCUCAUCUGGAGGAACGACGGAAUAGCUUGCGAAAAUUGUGCGUGGCUGCUCAAUUGGUCCAGCAAAAGCAACUCACGGCGCGACACGAGCGCGAGAUCAAAGAGAUGAACGCGAGACAAGCGAGACUCUCGGUAGAAAGUAUGAGGGAAGUGAUGAACGAUAAAACGUUGAAGACUCGGGGAAUCAAGGAGGGUCGGCUUAGGGAAAAACAGCAGAACAACACGAAAAAAUUUAUGGAAGAGAGAAGAAUCGCACAACUGAUACAAAAUAGGGAAAAAGAGAAGUUGAAACUCAUUCAUGAAAAGCAACUGGAGGAAUUGCAGAAAGACAUGAAUGCGGUUAUGGAUAUGUACAACAACGAGGAAAUGGAAUACGAGUUGGGUCCUAAAACUGAAUGCUACGUGUGAUGGCCGAUAGAUUGACUAAGAAAGUUGGGAAAAAGUUGAGGUGCUGCUGCAUUCGGAGAAUCCGCUCUUAACGUUAAUUACAACUGGAAUUGGGAUCAAGCCUCGUUAGCUAUCGUUCUCGGUAUCCUGAGAACCGGAAGCAACAGACAAACCGCGUUAUUCGUACUCUAGUUCAUUCUCCUGAAUAUUUUUUUAUAAGAGAAACAUCUUGUAACUUCAUACUCUCCGUCGUCGCACGAGCAAGUACCUAGACUAAAUAAGGGAGUCAAUAAAAACUAAAAUGAUCUA